CGGUGGGAGGGUCAUGACGCAGCGAGUUUCAGUCGUGAUUUUUCCAGGGGCAUCUCGGCGUCCUCUCUUUUUCCGUUUAAAGUAAAACACCGCCCGACGCAACCUCGUGCGUUUCGGGGGCGAGGGCGGCCGCCGCAGCGGGAGUGCGGCGCUGACGUGAGCCUCUGUCUGGGGGCCCUGCGGCGGCGCGCGGUCACGUGGGCGUGUUUGGGGGCGGGGCCGCGCGGCGGUUCCGGGCGGUUGGGCGCGCGAGCGAGGAGCCGAGGCAGCCGCGCCCGCCUGCCCCGCCCCUGGAUGCCGCUGUGCCCCGGCGCGGCCGCCACCGAUCGCAGCACAGGAGCCGCCGCCGCCGCGGUUGAUGUGGUUGGCCCGGGGCUGAGGAGGCCGCUAAGAUGCCGCAGUCCAAGUCCCGGAAGAUCGCGAUCCUGGGCUACCGGUCUGUGGGGAAAUCCUCAUUGACGAUUCAGUUUGUUGAAGGCCAAUUUGUUGAUUCCUACGAUCCAACCAUAGAAAACACUUUCACAAAAUUGAUCACAGUAAAUGGACAAGAAUAUCAUCUUCAACUUGUAGAUACAGCUGGGCAGGAUGAAUAUUCCAUCUUUCCUCAGACAUACUCCAUAGAUAUUAAUGGUUAUAUUCUUGUGUAUUCUGUUACAUCAAUCAAAAGCUUUGAAGUGAUCAAAGUUAUCCAUGGCAAACUGUUGGAUAUGGUGGGGAAAGUACAGAUACCUAUUAUGUUGGUUGGGAAUAAGAAAGACCUACAUAUGGAAAGGGUGAUCAGUUAUGAAGAAGGGAAAGCGUUAGCAGAAUCUUGGAACGCAGCUUUUUUGGAAUCUUCUGCUAAAGAAAAUCAGACUGCUGUUGAUGUUUUUAGAAGGAUAAUUUUGGAGGCAGAGAAAAUUGACGGGGCCGCCUCACAAGGAAAGUCCUCCUGCUUGGUGAUGUGAUUCUACUGCAGAACCUGAGGGCACUGGGAACCUGGCCUGCCUGAGGAGGCAACCUGCCCAUUUUCCUUUAAGAUAAACUCUGCUUCAUUUCUCUUCUGUUAACCUGAAAGAUUUCAUUUGGGUCAGAGCUUCUCUCCCAACCCUUCCUUUCAGAUUAUGUUAAACUCUGACUCGGUCCAAAUGAGUUCACUUCCAUUUUCAAAUUUUGAGCAAUCAUAUUUUCAAUUUAUAUAUUGUAUUUCUUAAUAAUAUUAUGACCAAGAAUUUUAUUGCAUUAAUUUUUCAGUGUAGUUUGUUGUUUAAAAUAAUGUAAUCAUCCAAAUGAUACAUAUUGUUACACUACUAUUAACUAGGCUUCAAUAUGUCAGUGUUUAUUUCGUUGUGUUAAGUGUAUACUUGUAAAUAAAAUAGCUGCAAAGCCUAA